AUGCCGCCGCCGCCGCCGCGGUUGGUGCGAAACCCCGCCGCCGUCCUCCACGCGGCGCUCCUCAGGGCCUCCUCCUCCUCUGCCGCCUGCCGCCUGCCUCCCCGCAUCUCCUUCAACUCCCUGCUCGCGGCCGCCGCGUCCUCCCCUGACACGCGCCUCCGCGCGCUCGCGCUCCCGGCCCUCGCGCUCGCCCACGCCUCCGGCCGCGUGCCCCUCGACUCGUACGCCCUCUGCUCCGCGCUCCGCUCCACGCCCACCGCCGCGGAGACGCUCCACGCGCUCGCGGCCAAGUCCGGCUGGCUCGGCAGCGUCUUCGUGUCAUGCGCGCUCGCCGCGUCCUACGGCGGGUCCGGCCGGUACCUGGACGCCCGGAGGCUGUUCGACGAAAGUCCCGCCAAGAACGGCGUCUUCGGGAACGCCGUUCUCGCUGCUUACGUGGGCGUGGCCAAGUGGGCGCCCGUGCUGGGGUUCGCGAGGAGGUUCUCAGAGCUACGGCUGCCGGUGGACGGGUACACGAUGACAGCUGUUGUGCGGGCAUGCGGUGAGGUGGCAAACGCUGAUCUUGGCGUCGAGGCUCACGGGCAUGCGAUCAGGAGGUUGGGAGGUAUAGAGGUGGACGUGUUCUUGGUCAGCGCGUUUGUGGACAUGUAUGCCAAGUGCGGGCUUAUCAGCCAAGCGGAGCUUGUGUUUGGCCUUGCACAGCAGGAGAGUGGUGGCAGAGGUGACGUUGUGCUGUGGACGGCCAUGUUGAAUGCCUAUGCACGGCAUGGACAGUGCAAGGAGGUUAUCCGGAUGUAUGACCUGAUGGUGGCUUCUGGUGUCUAUCCGGAUGAAUUGGCCAUGUUAGCUGUGCUCUCAGCUUGCCAGCACGCUGGGGAGGUGGUCAAGGGGCUCAACUACUUUGAAUCCAUGCACACAGAUUAUGGGUUGGUGCCCACACCAGAGCACUACGGUUGUGUUGUCAACAUGCUGUGCCGGGCAGGGGAAGUGACCAAGGCGUGGGAAAUUGCCACCAAGGAUGGCUGUGAUCGUGCAAUCGGCGUGUCAACAUGGGGGGCACUGCUCAGUGCUUGCCAGGCGUGUUUAAAUGUUGAGGUCGGGAGAAUGGCAGCUCAGAAGGCAAUCGAAUUGGACCCUACCAAUGUUGGGAUUUACAUUGAGCUGUCAAAUUUGUAUGCAAGGGCUUGCUUGUGGGACGAUAUGGGCCAGCUGCGUGAGGUGAUGAUGGAGAAAGGGUUGGAAAAGGAUGUUGGAUGUACUUGGGUUGAGCUUGGUUCAGGAAAGAACUUGAAAAUGCUUCAUGUUGAUGUAUGA